GUAAUCUUCUUCUAGAGCAAGAUAUCUAAAAUAUGUUUGUUAUUGCUUUUCCACUCGAGAUCUUAGAACUACUGGUUACUGUUCUACGCAUUAUAUUGUAAGAAUUAUGGCACCCAAUUUUUUAUUGAAAGUUUCAUAAAAUUUGUGUUACUCCUUUAUUUUCCUUAUUUUAUUGAACAAAAUAUAUAGGAUUAAUGCUAAGUAUGAUUUGAAAAGCCAGAUUGUAAAGAAGAAAGUUUGGAUAAAUAUAAUUGAAAGAACAUACUCAUAUAUGUAUAUACAUACAUAUAUUCCGCAUAUCGAUUGGGAUCGGACAGUAAAAUAAUAAUCGUUAGAUUUGAUCCUCAAUACAUACUGUGCACUGGGGCUAUAAAACGUGUGUGCAUUGUUGUAAACAAUUUGAGCCUCUGCUCUUCAUGUUAUUAUUUAACUCUGAAAACUUUUUCUGUCAUGAAAAAAAAGUUGUGUAAUCGCUAUAAAAGUGGUAUAAAAUAAGUAAUAAGUAUUUUACAAUAUGUUGGCAACAUUAUCACAUUGUCGGUGUGCAGCUCCACCGUUGGCAGACGAAAUGCAAUGGAAAAGAAGACUGGUAUUGCUAUGUGCGCUCUUGUUGUUUUUGCAUUUUCUGCUGCAACCGAUUAGUAUUUCUAUGUGUGUGUGUGGUGCCUAUUGCAUGUGAGUGUUUUCGCUGCUGCUGUGCUGGUGGCAGUGGCAUUAGAUACUUGCUAGACGACUACCACUGCGCUUCACGCUACAUUAUUACUGCAGCGCAUGCGUUUUGGUAGAAAAUCCACUCGACCGCACACACCGCCGCAGCCCGCCGUGCUCAUCGUUCAUAUGCGGCUGGUCGCCGAAAGUAGUUGCACAUUUCGCUUUCCGCUGACUCGUCGGCCUCGUUCACGCCACCGCCACCGCUAUCGACAUCGCCAUUGCCGUCGUCGUCGUUGUCGUUAUAGUCGUCAUCUUCGUCGGGCGUUGCAUUUUGCUGCACAUCACCAACAACAACAACAUUGCCAUAGUGCAGAAACAAACACAGUCGACGCUCGGUCGUUCGGUUGGCAUUGUUGUUCGCGAAUUGUUGUUGUUGCUUGUUUCUAAUGCAACCAUAUUUGUUUUGCUUGUUUUGCAGUUGACUUUUUCUUAUUGCAUAUCCAUGUGCUUGUGUAUGUGCAUAUUGUUGUUGUUUUUGCAUUUUGCUUUUCUUUGUUACGAUUUGUUGUUAUCGUUAUUGUUGUUGCUAAUGCAAUUUAGCUAUGACUAUGAAUGUUGUCUUGUUUAGCAGCAAUUGCAAUGCCUACAACAACUCAUCAGGCAACUCGCUCGGCUCGCUUCGCUUCGGCUGAGCUCAACUCAGCUCAGCUCACCAACUCACGUAGUUCAAUGUUAACGAACUGCAACACCAAACCGACUUUCACUUAUAAUGAAUUUGGCUCAGCCGCGUUCGCCUGUGCAAUGGCUCCGUUGCACCGGCUGCUCCUCGCCCCGAAUGCUGCCACGAAGUGAGGCGUACGACCGGAGUGCCUCGCAUUAACUUGCAGUGCAUUGUUUGUUGCCGACUAAAUGGAGUUAGCAAUAGAAAUAGCAGCGGCGGCAACAGCAGCACCAGCACCAGUAAUAGCAACAACAAUAGCUACAACAUAUUACAACUGGUUGUUUUUAUUUUCCAUAGUUCAAUAACAUGUUAUGUAAAGUGUUUUCCUCGGUUUAUCUGGUUUUUGAUGUUGCAGUUGAAGUUUUUCUUUCAACGACGCUGCUUCGCUGUCGGCAACAUUUUGCGGCAGUGGCAGCCAGUUGACGCUGCGGCAAGGCUGUUCGUUGGCUGUUGGUGUGCAUACAUACAUACGCGCUAGCUGCAUUGCGCGCUACUCGGUUUUAUGGCAUGUAAUCUAUGCAGGGCAGUUGUAAUUUCAUUUCGGAGUUAUUGAACUCUAAGAUUCCGGAAGAAAGGGGCUUCGAAUUACACUGGUCGACACAACUCAAUUUUUUAUCUUUUAUUUCUGUAUAUUUUCUCUUGCUGUUUUCAUUUCUUUCAUUUUCUCAUUGUAAUGCAUGUAUGUUUGUAUGUACGUGCGUAAUUUUUGAGGCCUUUUGAAUGCACAGUUAUUUAUUUGCAAUAUCCACGCGCUUACACACAUAGCUGUGUGGCACAACAUUUCAGACUCGCAUCCUAAUCAAUCAUUACCGCUUCACAUCAGGUUUUGUUAACGCCAUUGUCUGUCUGCACAGGUUGACGCCAGAGCGACGACACCUCAUUUGGGAGGGGGUUCGCACUAAGGAAGGGUGCGAUUUUAACUUGGUUUUAUUCAAAUCAAAUUGGCUCAUUUUUUCAUGCGCAUAACUGAAUUUUCCCUUUUAUUUUGACUUAUGGCAAUUAUGUACACACACACUUAUGCUCAACAUCUAUCUAACACAUCUAUGCCCGAAUGCGUCUGUAUGUAUGUAUGUAUGUGUAUCUAUAGCGGUGAGUGCUCACGUAUUAACACUUUCGUUGAGAAUUCCCAAGCAUUAAUUUAAUUAUGAAUUUACGAGGUGUAAUGACUAAACACACUUACACAUACAUAGAUAUAUAUGCAGCUUCGUUCGCUUGUAGUGGAUAAUUACUUAACUGUGAAAUAUGAUUAUGCCCGCGUUUGCAUUUUAAUAAUUUGCAUUAUUAUGAUUGGUGUAAAUAUACGUAUUUUCAUGCGGACCAACAGCAAUUGUUUUCAUUGUUUUCCAAUGUUUACAAGGAAGCUUUCCUAUUGAAGUUUAACGUACCCAAAACUAUUGUUGAUCGAAACAGCUUAUUUCGAUGGACCCAUUUAUUUCACCUAUCAUCAGUAAUUAAACUGAAUAAUUAUGAAUUAUUUGUUUAUUAAUAUUAGCUAAGCAUUUCCCAAUCUCUUUUAACGUUCCUUACCAAAAGCAGAUUCCCAUACAGUAACUAGUUGAAAAACACAUACAUCCCAAUUUUGUAAGGCUACUGAAACAACAAACAUACUGUGUGGAGGAUGGGAUCAUGUUCACGCAAGUGAGGAAAGUUUUUGAUUGUCAUUCACUUGGGAGUGGCCAGAAACGAUUCUUCUCCACAUGAUUCAAGCAGCUCACGACUUCCGGUUUUAGACCAAGUAUCCUCUGGGUAGCCAACAGACAUCCGUUUGAAGGCGAGCUAAAGUGAGAAGGCGAAGCCCGCUUAUGCGGUUGUGCGUAGGGCUUGGGACCCACCACAUAAAAACGAAGUACCAAUGAAAAAUCGACGAAAGCCUCGGAUGAGACACCCCCCUUUUGAUGACGAUCCCUGCAAACGUUUAAAGGACUAUGAUUUAAGGGCAUGCACUUGGAAUGUCCGGACCCUUAAUUGGGAAAGUGCCUCUGCCCAGCUGGUUGAUGUCCUCAGACGACUAAAGGCUGACAUCACCGCCAUCCAAGAAGUGCGAUGGACGGGACAAGGACGGAAGAAGGUGGGUCCUUGUGACAUCUACUACAGCGGCCAUAUAAAGGAGCGCAAAUAUGGUGUUGGAUUUGUGGUGGGAGAGAGACUCCGUCGCAGAGUCCUGGCAUUCACCCUGGUGGAUGAACGUCUAGCCACAAUCCGCAUCAAAGCGAGGUUCUUCAACAUAUCGCUGAUUUGCGCCCACGCCCCAACGGAAGAGAAGGACGAUGUGACCAAAGAAGUGAAAGUGAAAGAAAGUGGUCCAAAUAUAGACUCGGACCAUUAUCUGGUCGCAGCGAAGAUACGCACCCGCCUCUGUGCAGCAAAGAAUGCCCGUCAACAAACACAAGGAAGGUUCGACGUCGAAAAGCUGCAAUCGCAACAGACAGCCACGAAAUACUCUACUCGACUUGCACUUCUGCUCUCUGAGAGCACUCAUCAGCAUCUCGGUAUAAGGGAACUGUGGAACGGCAUCUCAAACUCACUGCGUACCGCUGCAGCCGAAACAAUUGGUUUUCGGCAACGACAAAAAACAAGCUGGUACGAUGAGGAGUGCCGUCUCGCAGCGGAGAGAAAACAGACUGCCUACCUCGCAACGUUGCAAACGACCACAACACGUGCGAGAUGGGAUAGAUACCGAGAUCUGAAGAGGGAAGCGAGACGCAUCUGCAGACAAAAAAAGAAAGAGGCCGAAAUGCGUGAGUACGAAGAGCUUGAGAAGCUGGCAGACAGAGGUAAUGCUCGAAAAUUUUAUGAAAAAAUGAAGCGACUUAACGAAGGUUUCAAGACCGGAGCAUCCUCAUGUCGAGACCAAGGUGGUAAUCUGGUAACCGAUGUCCAGGGCAUACUGGGAUUAUGGAGGGAACACUUCUCCGACCUGCUGAACGGCAGUGAGAGUACAACCCCAGGAGAUGGCGAACCCGAUCCCCCAAUCGACGACGAUGGAACAGAUGUACCAUUACCCGACCAUGAAGAAAUUCGAAUAGCAAUUACCCGCUUGAAGAACAACAAAGCGGCGGGGGCCGAUAGAUUACCGGCAGAACUAUUCAAAUACGGCGGCGAAGAACUGAUAAGGUGCAUGCAUCAGCUUCUUUGCAGAAUAUGGUCGGAAGAAAGCAUGCCUGACGAUUGGAAUCUCAGUGUGCUCUGACCAAUCCAUAAAAAGGGAGAUCCCACAAUCUGCGCCAAUUACCGUGGGAUCAGCUUCCUAAAUAUCGCAUACAAGGUUCUAUCGAGCGUACUGUGUGAAAGACUAAAGCCCACCGUCAACAAACUGAUUGGACCUUAUCAGUGUGGCUUUAGACCUGGAAAAUCGACAACUGACCAGAUAUUCACCAUGCGCCAAAUUUUGGAGAAGACCCGUGAAAAGAGGAUCGACACACACCACCUUUUUGUCGAUUUUAAAGCUGCUUUCGACAGCACGAAAAGGAGUUGCCUUUACGCCGCGAUGUCUGAAUUUGGUAUCCCCGCAAAACUAAUACGGCUGUGUAAAUUGACGUUGAGCAACACCAAAAGCUCCGUCAUGAUUGGGAAGGAUCUCUCCGAGCCGUUCGAUACCAAACGAGGUUUCAGACAAGGUGACUCACUAUCGUGCGACUUCUUUAACCUGAUGCUGGAAAAAAUUAUAAGAGCUGCAGAGCUAAACCGAGAAGGUACAAUCUUCUACAAGAGUGUACAGCUCCUGGCGUACGCCGAUGAUAUUGAUAUUUAUAUUUUUCCCGCAUGGAUAAGGAGGCGAAGCGAAUUGGUCUGGAGGUGAAUGAGGACAAGACGAAAUAUCUCCUGUCAUCAAGCAAACAGUCGGCAUUUGCGUCUUGGCUCCCACGUCACUGUUGACAGUCAUAACUUCGAGGUCGUAGAUAAUUUCGUAUACCUGGGAACCAGCAUCAACAACACGAACAAUGUCAGCCUCGAAAUCCAGCGCAGAAUAACUCUUGCCAACAGGUGCUCCUUUGGACUGAGUAGGCAAUUGAACAGUAAAGUCCUCUCUCGACGAACCAAACCUGGUUACACUUGGGAUCUCCAACUGGCGCCGAACUGCGAAAGAGAGAGAGAGGUGGCGCACUAUCGUCGAUUCGGCUAUAACCGGCUAAACGGUUGCAACGCCAAACACAUACUGAAACAAGAUUUCAUAUUACGGUAGGCUAUUUGCCUAUUAUACGCAGAUAACAACUCUCAGUUUAAAACAAAAACGGUUUGGUAUAUCAAUUAAAUUCUUUAUUCGCGUGUCGAAAUUAAUAAUUUCGUCUCUCUCUUUCCAUAAUGAAAUCUUCGUUCAAUAUCCAUCUAGUACUAUCGAAAUAUUUUUGGUUUAUUGAUUUUAGAUGACUUCGAGCAUAUUUUUCACGUCAAGGGGGAUGAGAUACCAACGACUUAGUUUAUCGUAAUUUUUAAAUAAAAUUUCACAAAAAACUGUUGAAAUAUGUACCUUUGAUAUGCUGAAUGGUUUAAAUGAAUAACAGCUGAACGUCCCUAACUCGAAUAUCCAUCAUCCACAAAAAAAAAACUUCGAGCUGGAGAGAUUUCGAGUUAUAGAAGUUUUCAUUUAAAAAUACAAUUUUUCAAAAAGCUGUAAAAUAUAGAUUUAUACACAGUUUUAUAUACAUAUUUACUUCGUCAUAAGAUUUUAUGCACAUAAGUGGCUAUGGACUUAAAACGUUUGUAAAUAUUUUUAACAGAAACAAAGUCCCACAUCCAAUGUUCAAAAUAGAACGGAUGCCAAAUACUAACCAACUUAAAAAAAUGAGACCCAUCUAAUAUAUAAUUUAAAAUAUUUGCUGCACCGUAGAGUGACCGUAGAAGAACCACACAAAAAAACGGUCCGGUACAAUGCAACAACUGGCAAGAGUAUGGGCAUACGAAAUCAUAUUGCACUCUACGCAGUGUUUGUGGCUAUGUGGUGAUUUACAUUCCACUUCAAAAUGUACCCUCAAGAAAGAGGAUUUAAACAAAAAAUGCAGCAAUUGUGGAGGAAGUCACACUGUCAACUACAGGGGUUGUCCUGUUUAUAAAGAUUUGAAAUCGAAGUUGUCACAGGGAAUUCAAGCACGACGUAACCAAAUGUUACGUACUCCCCGUAAUGAAAUCAUAGAUAUCACAGACCAUAUUCCUAAACCCAAGAGACCUAUGCCAAUGUUGUAAAAGUCAACACUGUACAAAAGCAACUACCGCAAAAUCCACGAAAUGGAGGUAUUGAAACCAUGAUUAUAAAUUGCAAUUUAUGCAACUAUGCAAAGUAUGAUAUACGAUUUAAUAAAAACACAAAAUCAAAUGCUGCAAAGUUUAUUAAGUAAAAAAUGAGCGUACUAAAUAUGUAAAUACUUAUAUGUAUACGGAAUGCUAACGGUAUUAAACAACAUAAAUUGGGGCUUAUUCGAUUUCUGUCUGAAAAAAUAUAUAAUGCUAAUAUCAGAGACAUCAUCUAACAAACAAAAACAAUUUCAAAAUACAGAAAGAGAUAUUGAUGAAAGUAUAAGAGAAUUUAAUGAUGUAAUAUCAAAUGCAGCUGUCAUGGGAACACCAAACAGAAACAAUAAACUGAUUAGCCGAUGAAAAAAGGCGAGCUAGACUUGAAUGACAGUUAAAUCGCUCCCCUUCUACUCAGCUUCAACUAAAAUCUGCUGUACGAAAACUAAAAACAGCGCUUAAACGCGAAAAAGAAUUCCACACUCACAAUUAUAUAAAGAAACUGUGUCCAAAUUCAAACAAACGAAAAUUCAAACGUCAUCUUCUGAAAUUAUUCAAAUCAUAAAAGAGAUGAAUCCAAAAAAGUCGGCAGGUUCAAUUUCAUGGAAAAAGUCGCAGAUCAGCAUGAUAGACAGACCAGGGAAAGACUUGACACAGCCGUCUUCGUACAGCCGUAUCCUGUCUUUCUAAAAUAUUUGAAAAGGUGUCACUAUCAAAGAUGUCUCCUUUCCACCACGAAAAUAAUGUAAUACCAACGCACAAAUUCGGUUUUCGUGAAAAGCAUGGCACUGUUAAACAAACAAUCCGACGAUCUUAAAUAUCACCAAUCGCUGUUUCGAAAACCUGUUCGUAUAAACAUUCGGUAAAUUUUAGUAUUUGAAAAAGAAAAGAAGCAAAAACGAAAACACAAUUAUAGAAACUCCAAUGCCGUGAUAUUAGAUAUUUUCGAUUUUUACUAUAACAUAUUUACAACAUAUACAAUUUAUCGGAAACUAUAUUCGUCCAAAAUUUUUUAAUAAUUAUACAUUAUAUACUUCGAAAUUACGGACUAUUUGUACAAAGAAAGCAUUAUAUUAAGACAUAACUUAGUGAUUAGCCUGAUAAAUAAUAUAAAUUCCGUCGUAAGUAAAGUGCCUCCAAUUUCUACAAAAAUAACAAAAAAAACACAAAAAUACAAAAUAGUUAAAAGUAAAUUAAGAACUGU